UUCCUCCCGACACAAUGGCAGCUCGCAGCGCCGCUCUCAAGAUCGACUGGGCCAAGGUUUCGACCUCGCUCGGCCUCCGCGGCCAGACCGCCGCUUCUCUUCAGUCUUUCAAGAAGCGCAACGAUGACGCCCGCCGCAAGGUCCAGGUCUUGUCCGAGCAGCCCCAGACCGUUGACUUCUCCCACUACCGCGGUAUCCUGAAGAACCAGGCCAUCGUCGACGAGAUCGAGAACCACUUCAAGACCUUCAAGCCCGCUUCCUACGACGUUUCCCGCCAGCUCAAGGCCAUUGACGCCUUCGAGGCCCAGGCUGUCCAGAACGCCGAGGCCACCAAGGGCAAGGUUGAGGCUGAGCUCGCCAACUUGCAGAAGACCCUGGAGAACAUCGAGACUGCCCGUCCCUUCGAGGAUCUCACUGUCGACGAGGUUGCCUCUGCCCAGCCCGAGAUCGACGAGAAGACCGCUUCCCUCGUUUCCAAGGGCAAGUGGAUGCCCCCGGGCUACAAGGAGCGUUUCGGCGAUCUUUCCGCCGUCUAAACUUUGGGC